AUGGACUUGAAUGAUGUGUACGAUGAGUUUGGUAACUAUAUUUUGAAAGACGAAGAUGACUCAGAAGGAAGUAUAAGUAGUAUGGGAUCUGAUGUUUCAUCAGAGCUAGAGGUUGAUCACAACAAUAAGGGUAUUGAAAUACAAGAAUUUGGUCAGAAAGAAACUGAUGACAACUUUGGAAGCGAUAUUUUUUCUGAAAAUGAGCUGCGAGAGUAUCAAGGAGAAGUGAAGAUAAUUAAGAGGCAAAACUUCAAGGAUAAAGAUCAUGAAAUGAGUACAGAAACUAACGAUGAGAAUAAGAUCGUCCAGUAUGAAGAUAAGGAGUAUUAUCCAGAUUCUUCUCAGGUGUAUGGGGAUGAUGUUGAAAUACUGGUAGAAGAAGAAGACCACCAACAUAUAGAUGAACCUUUAAUUUCACCAUUAAAGGAAAACAAGUUUGAUUUAGUCGAAAAGAAUCUCAAAGAUAUGGAAACAACAUUUUCUUAUGAGUUUCUCAGAGAUUUAAUGGAUAAUUUGGAAUUUGUAAGAAAUAUCUGUUUAAUAGGCGAUUUGCAUUCUGGGAAAACAACAUUUUUAGAUAUGUUAAUUAAAAGUACUCAUUCUUAUAACAGAGAUAAAAAAAAUCUAUCUUUUCCAGAAAGAUACUCUGAUUGUAGGAAGGAUGAGCAGGACAGGGGAAUUAGUAUCAAGGCUUCUCCAAUGUCCUUGGUCUUACCCAACUCUGUGGGGAAAUCAUUUUUAUUUAAUAUAUUGGAUACACCAGGCCAUGUUAAUUUUCUGGAUGAAGUUUGUAUUUCUGUAAGAAUUUCAGAGGGUGUUAUUAUUUUAUUGGACUGCGUUAUUGGUCUUACUAAGCAUUUAGAAAGAUUACUUUAUUAUUGCUUAUCCGAGGGUAAAAAAGUUGUUUUGGUAAUUAAUCAAAUUGACAGACUUGUUUUAGAGUGCAGACUACCUCCCUAUGAUGCAUAUUUUAAGCUUAAGUAUCUGAUUUCCGCAGUAAACAACUCUAUUAUGGAAUAUGCAUCCAUUUAUGGAUUAGGUACAGAAGAAGCCAAAACUUUACUAUUCGAGCCAGAAAAAGGUAAUGUUGGAUUUGCUUCUGGAAGAUACAACUUUUUCUUCACUCUAGACUCAUUUGCUAGAAAGUACUUGAAGCAUAAUGGUGUUAUCAAUAACUGUAUUUUGAAUGAAAAAUCUAAUCUUUUAUCUCACAGAUUCUGGGGUGACUAUUACUUUAACAAGGAAAAUGGUACAUUUGAAACUGAUUCAAGUGUUUCUCAAGAUAGAUCUUUUGUUGAGUUCAUUUUAAAUCCGAUAUACAAACUACUCGGAUAUACGGUAUCGGAAGAAGAUGAUCAAUUAGCGAGUUUCUUGAAAACUGUGGGUAUAUAUUUAACAAAGAAGGAACUUAAAUUGAAUGUAAAAGAACGUUUAGAGGUUGUUUGUAAACGUUUCUUUGGUAAUUCUGGUUCAUUUACUGAUUUCAUCUCAAAAAACAUUCCAAAUCCUGUUGAAAGUGCUAAUACUAAUGUUGAAAGAAUAUAUACAGGACCAUUAAAUGAUAGAGUAUCAUCAUUCAUGAGAAAAUACGAAAGAUCUAACUGUCCCUUAGUUGUUUUUGUCAUAAAGCAAUUCCAUUCUGAAGAUAUAGAAUCAUUUUAUUCAUUUGGAAAGAUAUUCUGUGGAACUUUAUCAAAAGGUGACCGAGUUAAAGUUUUGGGAGAAUCUUUUUCUAAGGAAGAUCCUGAGGACUUUACUAUAAGAACUGUUGAUCGUCUUUGGAUAUUGCAAAGUAGAUACAAGGUAGAAAUUACGAGUGCUCCUGCUGGAAAUUGGGUACUGAUUUCAGGUCUUGGAAACUCAGUAACAAAAUCAUGUACUCUAAUUGGAUGCAACUCAUCAAUUAAAGAUGAUGAAAUAUACCCUUUAUCCAACAUAAGACUUUUGAAUAAGAGUGUAAUGAAGUUGGCUAUUGAACCUCACAACCCUGCAGAUUUACCAAAAAUGCUUGAAGGCCUGAAAGGUAUCUCGAAAGCUUAUACAUGCUCAAUUACUAAAGUAGAAGAAAACGGAGAGCAUGUUCUAUUUGGAACAGGAGAAUUGCAGAUGGACUGUAUGAUGCACGAUUUAAGGUUUUUGUAUGGAAAUCUAGAUGUCAAAGUUUCAGAUCCAAUGGUACAUUUUUGCGAGACAGUUUCAGAGAAAUCCGUAGUAAAGUGUUUUGGAGAUUCAACAAAUGGACUAAACAGGCUUUAUAUUACGUCAGAGCCUUUAGAUAAAGGUAUUUCAGAUGAAUUAGAAAAUGGUAUUAUGAAGGUUACUAUUUCAGACAACAAAGAUCCCAGAUACUAUACAAAUGUACUAGCAGAUAAAUAUGGUUGGGAUAAACUUGCAAUAAAGUCUUUAUGGGCAUUUGGACCAGAUCCUAAAGUAGGGAGUAAUGUAUUAUUAGAUGAUACAUCUUCUAUUACUGUUGAUAAGAAGCUUUUGUAUGAUGUUAAAGAAGACAUUAUUCAAGGAUUUAACUGGGCUGUUAAGGAGGGCCCUUUACUGGAAGAACCUAUUAGGAAUGUUAAAUUUAAGAUUCUGGAUGUAAACUUAUCGUCUGAUAAAAUAAACAGAGGAACAGGGCAAAUAGUUCCAGCAUCUAGAAGAGCUUGCUAUACAUCAAUGUUUUUAGCAUCUCCAAAAAUUUUGGAACCAAUUUGUUUAGUAGAGAUAAUAUGUCCUUCAGGUCUGGAUGAAUUUAUUAAUAAUAUAAUAUCUAAAAGAAGAGGCCAUGCAGGCAAGGAGAACCCAAUUCCUGCUUCACCAUUAGUUACAAUACUAGCAUUUGUUCCAACAAUAGAGACUUUUGGAUUUGAAACAGAUUUAAGAAUACAUACAAGUGGGCAAGCUUUUUGUACAAGUUGUUUUGAUCAUUGGGCAAUUGUCCCUGGGAAUCCAUUAGAUAGGAAUAUUUUUAUAAGGCCUUUGGAGAAGGCUCCUAUAGCACAUCUAGCUAGAGAUUUUCUCCUUAAAACGAGGAGAAGAAAAGGUAUGAGUGAUGAAGUUAACAUUCAGAACUUCAUUACUUGUCCAGAACUAAUUAAGGCUAUGAAUUACUAA